AUGUCAACAGCCUUGGGCUCUGCAGGACAACAGAUGUUACAGUUAGAUGAGAAGAAAUCGACAGUUCCUUCAAAUUUUUCCUCAAUACCACAGCUGAAUCCAACUGUUUCUAGCGCUCCAACAUCCUCACCACUAUUUGCUGCUCCGAGCACACCAAAUCCUUUCCUUCUUGCUGCUUUACUUAUGCAACAGAAUCAGGUUUCAUCCCAGUUACCAAAUACCGUGCAAAGUUUUGCUGCAUUGCUGCCAUACUUGCAGCAAAAUCAAAAUGGUAUCCCGAACGACCUUCUGAUGCAGAAUCUUUUACUUCAGCAGAUGACAAUACCGCAUCUUAGUGCCGCAUCACCAACUGUCAUUCAGCAGCAACAACAAAAUUCGCAGCAAUGGAUCCCAGCCGCAAGUGCAGCGUCUGCGUCAGAUAAUGUUUCUUCUCCUGUAUUGUCGACUAGUGAGGAGACACUGUCAGUAUUAUCCGAAUCUUCUCACAUCAGUCCACGUCCUCGUGAUAUUAUUUCACCAGAUAAAGAUGCUCCGUUGGUGAUACCGGAAGACGAAUAUAUGAUCGAAUCACUGAUCGAGGCUAGAAAAGGUUUAUCUGAAAAAGAAACCAUAGCGGUUGCCGUUUUGGCGGGCAUGGCCGGUUAUCAGCGAUAA